GCUCAUCGGAACAGAGACUCCAGACGCGCAGCGCGGUGGCAGACAGGGCGAGCGGAGCGUCUGUCCCUCUGAUUUUCAUCUGACAAGGAAUCGUUUACCUUUGAUUGCAGCAGAAGCGCCAAGCUGAAUAACCGUUACCGUGUCCCUCUGCAACUUGUCAAGGCAAAGGCAUUUGUUCUCGCCACGCGAUAACGAAGAAGUCGAAGAGGAGACACGGUGUUCGAGACAGACUAAUGUUAGAUGGCAUAAUAAAGACAACCUGAAGGACCUGAGAGCCAUCAUUCGCUCAAAGUGUCAGCAAGGUCAUCUGGCUGAGGGAUGGUUCCCUCUUUUCCUGCCUUCAAUCCACGAUGGAGCUGUCAUAAUGGCUGAAAAAACACUGUAGGACCUUUUGAAGAAUGAACUUUCCAAACCAAUGGAUUGUUUUGAAGGGCAAAGCUGUCAGAGACCAAACAUUAUCACCAACAGUAAAAUCCUUUGGCCUUUCGUCAGUUCGAGGUUUCUGCUUCAGAAGGUAAAGCCAGCUGUGACUUUUCUAGGAGCUGAACUACUGAAGAGUUUUCUCUUCAGCAAAGUUUAAUCAAGUCAUUUUUUGGCAGCUUAGUAUCAAACCACCUGAAACACACACCAGCUACUGGAGGUGACAUGGCUAGAAGUGGAAAUGGAAGCACUGCAAGCAGUAAUCGAUACGAAGUCAAAAAUGGAUGGAAGCUAUCACUCUCAGUCUUCAUAGGCAUGCUUUUCAACGUCAUUCUAUGCUUCGCCCCCCUAAUUCCUUCAAUGAUCAGUGAGCCUGUCUAGCAAAGCCAGUUUUUGUUGCUUUCAAAAACCUUGAAUAACAUUUUCCAAAGUCAAUUUGUCCAGCUACUUUCGGUCACAUAAACAACAUAUUAAGAAAAACAAACAAUAAAAAAGACCCUAUAAGUUGGAGUAAACACUACGAAGAAUCAGAAUUACUGACAAUGUCACAGUGCAAACAGUUACUCUGCAGGUGGUACCACUCCUAUAUGCUCUCUGACCUGCCCUGUGUUUGGCAGAUAACUUCAGAUUGAUUUCUGAUCCCAUGGAUUAACUUUCAAGCUCUUUCACAAAGACCUUUAAGCGUGUCCUUUUGGAGUUUCAUUUCAGAUAAAACUACAACAGAAAACCUUCUCUUGUUUGCAUGAAUCUUUUAAAUUACAUGUAGACACAGGAAGGAUUGUUUUUCUUUUAUUUUUUUAAAUCAAAAUGGCUCCUUCAUGGACAUCAGGAGUUUGGACACUACUGGCAGCACUAACUCUUCUUAGCUGCAAUAUUUUUACCUGGUGUGAAGCCUCAAGGACUAGUGGCACAACAACUUCAGGAGAAAGAGAGCAAGAGCAAGGACCCUCAUCGCUUGAACGUGUAAAGAGAGGAUGGGUGUGGAACCAGUUCUUUGUCGUGGAGGAGUAUACAGGAACAGAGCCUCUAUAUGUAGGAAAGAUCCAUACAGACUCUGAUGAUGGUGAGGGCAACAUCAAAUAUACUAUCUCUGGAGAAGGAGCUGGAUCGAUCUUCAUCAUUGAUGAGCUUACAGGAGACAUACAUGCCACAGAGAGACUAGACCGAGAGGAAAAGGCUUUUUACACUCUUAGGGCUCAGGCCCGGGACCGGCUCUCUAAUGAUCCCCUUGAGCCAGAGUCAGAGUUUGUCAUCAAGGUCCAGGACAUCAAUGACAGUGAACCCAAGUUCUUGGAAGGACCCUAUAUUGGCAGCGUGGCAGAGUUGUCACCCAUAGGGACGUCUGUCAUGAAGGUUACUGCAUCUGAUGCUGAUGACCCAACAUAUGGCAGCAGUGCCAGAGUGGUGUACAGUGUACUGGAUGGAGAAAAGUUUUUCACUGUUGAUAAAAACAAAGGAAUCAUCAUGACAGCAGUGGCAGAUUUGGAUCGUGAGACACAGGAUCGUUACGAGUUGGUCGUCAAGGCAACAGACAUGGCAGGACAAAUGGGUGGUCUCUCUGGCUCCACCACAGUGACUAUAGUGAUCACGGACGUUAAUGACAACCCACCACGCUUUCCACAGAAAAUGUACCAGUUUUCCGUGUCAGAGGGAGCUGCUGUCGGGACACCAGUUGGACGCGUCAUUGCCACAGAUGCAGACAUGGGAGAGAACACAGACAUGAGCUAUCUGAUCACAGAUGGAGGCGAGCUCUUCAAAGUCACUACAGAUAUGGAGACACAGGAAGCUGUUGUCUCCAUCAAGAAGCCGCUGGACUUUGAGAACAAACGGACACACAAUGUUGUUGUGGAGGCGGUUAAUAAGCAUGUGGACCCUCGUUUUGUGGACCUGGGAUCUUUCCGUGACCAGACCAUUGUCCUGGUGAGCGUGUCGGACACAGAUGAGCCACCCAUCUUUUACCCAGCCGAUGGCACUAUCAUGGAAGUCCAGGAGGAUGCCAAAGUAGGAGCCCUAGUUGGAAUUGUUACUGCAAGGGAUCCAGAUGUGAAGAAUAAACCUGUCAGGUUCUCCAUCGAUCGGACUACAGACCAAGAGAUGAUCUUUCAUAUUGAUCCUGACUCUGGUGCCAUCACGCUGGGAAAGAUUUUGGACAGAGAGACUGCAGGCUGGCACAAUAUCACUGUGAAGGCUGUAGAAGCAGAUAACCACACAAUGGCAUCCCAAACAUCAGUGAGCAUUCGGAUACUUGAUGUGAAUGACAAUCCACCUGAACUGGCCACACCAUAUGAAGCCUCGAUAUGCGAAGAUGCCAAGCCAGGUCAGUUAAUUCACACCAUCAGUGUGGUGGAUAGGGACGAGCCACAGACUGGACAUCGUUUCUACUUCAAUCUUGCCCCUGAAGCCUCCAGCAAUCGGUACUUCUCCCUGUUGGAUUUGAAAGACAACACAGCUGGCAUCCGGACUCAGCGGUCAGGCUUUAACCGCCAUGAGCAGAACGUGUACUUCCUGCCUAUUCUAGUGGUUGACAGCGGGCCUCCCUCCCUCAGCUCCACAGGCACCCUGACCAUUCGUGUUUGCGGCUGUGACACAGAUGGAGCCAUCCAGUCCUGCAAUGCCACAGCCUAUGUAAUGAGUGCAGCUCUCAGUCCUGGGGCACUUAUAGCAUUACUGGUGUGCAUGCUUAUACUAAUAGUUCUUGUUUUGCUGAUUCUAACCCUGAAACGCCACAGGAAGGGCCAGAGGAUGACAGAGGACGAGGAGGACAUGAGGGAUAACGUCAUCAAGUACAACGAUGAGGGUGGAGGGGAGCAGGACACUCAGGCAUAUGACAUGAGUGCUCUGAGGAACCUCUAUGACUUUCCAGAGGCCAAGAGCUGUGACUCUGGCCCAGACAUCCGCUCACUGCCACAGUGGAUACAAGCUAAACGAGUGGGUGGCAGCGGCGCAGAGGCAGCUGCUGCGGCAGCAACAGACUUUUCCCUUUUCAAAGGCUACAUUCGAAAGAAGGUGGAGCAGGCUGAUGCUGACCUGUCAGUGCCACCAUAUGACUCCUUCCAGACAUACGCCUUUGAGGGCACCAGUUCGCCGGCGCUUUCGCUAAGUUCCAUUCAUACACUGUCCACCACCUCAGAACAGGAUUUCUCCUAUCUCAGCGAAUGGGGACCACGCUUCAGGCAACUGGCAGGCUACUACGCACCAGGAAACCCUGAGGAGGAAAGGUCCUAGCACAGCUUCUUCUCAGCAGAGACACUUUUAAACACCCUCUUCUUCCUCCUACUUAUCUCUCUCUCCUUCUCACCCUCUGGCAGGCUACUGAGAUCAGAGCCAGUCUAUGUACUCAUUAAAGUCAGAGUACCACCUCUUUAUCUCUUUAGCAAAAUUCCCAGUCUCAGACUUUGAACUCCUUUGAGAAAACUUUGAGAGUUUUUUGGUUUUUUUGCUUUCUUUUUUUUUUACACUUGUUUGUUUUUUCGUGCGUGUGAGAGUUUUAAGAUUUAAAUUCAAAAGCUCUGGUGAUCAUAUGAAAUAAGGAAGAGAAUGAGCGAUAUCUAAAACUGCUAUUUAACCGUGUGCAAAGGGAGAGUUUGUUUCUCUCAGGAAAGAAGAACAUUUCUUUUAAGUUAAAAGACGGACUGUCAGCAUUACAUGGGUGGGGUUAAACCAUGCCAAGGUAAAGUGUCAUGUAUUUAUUUGAUGCCGAAAUAUUUAUGUAUUUAUUUGUUUUUAUGUAUUUAUUUAUUUAUUUAUGCCAUGCUCACUAUGGUAACUACAAGAGUGAACUCUGCUAAAGUGUUAAUGAAAAAGUGAGGGGAAAAGGACAUCAUUAAUCAAACGACACAACAUGGAAGAAAGAAGAACUGCAUUAGCAGGGGAGUCCACACAAUACCAGUGAAGAGAUGACAUCUGGGUCAUAUAAAAUUACAUUCUGGAAGAUAUUUCUAUUUAUUUUCUAUGACCACUUUUGUAAAAUAAUAACCAACUUCAAACAGAUAUACGAAAAGCAAAGGAAACUAGAACAGAGGCAACACACUGAAUAAUAGAACUGCCGAAGAAAACAGCUGCCAGUUUAGUCUGAAUGGCAAAGACUGAUGCACUUUUGCUGUAUUUUAGUGAUUUAUAAAAAAAAAAACAGAGGGGAGUUUAUGGUGACAAACUGAGGAAAAAAAAUGUGUUUUAAUCAUUUCUUAUCCUUUCCACAGCCAUUUUAAGGCAAUAAGGCACAAACCGCAGCAGUGAUUUAAGACGAAACAAAAUGACUGUUUUCCUGGAAUUGGCUGAUGCCCAGCCUUGUCCUACAGGGAGCCAAUCUUUAUUCCAGAUGUGUGUGUGAAUGUGUACAAUAUGUUCAGUUUAUUUCAUAUCCUGAGAUGUUUAAUUUUCCUUUUGACAUUUUAUUUCCUUUGGGGUGAGGGGAGAACGGUUAUGUCUAAUUAAAGAAAGAGUUUUAUGGGAUAAUGUGAUUAAGGAAGUGGUCACAUCCACCUGGUACCCACAGCCUUUUCAGUGUUGACCUUAACCUGCAAAUGUAUGGAAAAUGAAAAAAAAAAAAAGCUAAAUAAAUAUUUGAUUUUUUGGUAAAAACUAC